ACUCGGAAGGCCCCAGAACCCUACUCGGAAGCUGGAGCCCAAGCCACCGCCCGCAUCGACAGGACGCUGCUCCGCCGCCGGCGCCAGGGAUGGAAGACAUCGAGGACGUGUUGGGGCCGGCCGGUUUUUCCGGCGGAGGAGCGCCUCCCGGGCUCCGUCUCCCCCUCUCCACCGUCGCUGUCAAGCCCAAGCGCAGGUCGUCCAGGCUCGCACAGACGCAGCAGCAGCCGGAGGCCCGGAUCCCAGGCACGCAGACGAUAUAUGUGAAGACAUUCGGGUGCUCACAUAACCAGAGUGACAGUGAAUACAUGUCGGGGCAGCUCUCGGCGUUUGGAUAUGCAAUCACUGAAGAGCCUGAAGGAGCUGAUUUGUGGCUAAUUAACACAUGCACUGUGAAAAAUCCAAGUCAAUCUGCCAUGACAACUUUAAUAUCAAAAUGCAAGAACGCAAACAAGCCACUAGUUGUAGCUGGAUGUGUACCACAAGGAAGCCGGGAUCUGAAGGAGCUUGAAGGUAUUAGCAUAAUAGGAGUACAGCAGAUAGAUCGUGUUGUUGAAGUAGUUGAGGAAACAUUGAAGGGGCAUGAAGUUCGGCUAUUGAGUCGGAAAACACUGCCCUCACUUGAUUUACCUAAGGUUCGAAAGAACAAAUUUAUCGAGAUUCUUCCCAUAAAUGUUGGGUGUUUAGGUGCUUGCACUUACUGCAAGACAAAGCAUGCUCGUGGUCACCUGGGGAGUUAUUCUAUAGAUGGCUUGGUUGAUCGUGUGAAAAUUGUUGUCUCGGAAGGUGUCCGGGAGAUAUGGUUAAGCAGUGAAGAUACUGGUGCUUAUGGUAGGGAUAUUGGUACAAAUCUUCCGAAUCUCUUAAGUGCAAUUGUUGCUGAGCUUCCGGCAGACAGAAGCACAAUGCUUCGCAUAGGCAUGACAAAUCCCCCUUUCAUACUGGAGCAUUUGAAUGAGAUAGCUAGUGUUUUGCGUCAUCCUUGUGUUUAUACUUUCCUUCAUGUUCCUGUGCAAUCAGGAAGUGAUGCUGUUUUAAAGGCUAUGAAUCGUGAAUACACUGUCAGUGAGUUCAGAAUGGUAGUUGAUACUCUCUGUGAGCUUGUCCCUGGAAUGCAAAUUGCCACAGAUAUUAUUUGUGGCUUUCCUGGCGAGACUGAUGAAGAUUUUGCUCAAACUGUUAAGCUUAUAAAGGAAUAUAAGUUACCUCAAGUUCACAUAUCACAAUUUUAUCCCAGACCAGGAACACCUGCUGCCAGGAUGAAGAAAGUGCCUAGCAUUGAAGUGAAAAAGCGAAGUCGCGAGUUGACCUCAGUUUUUGAAGCUUUUUCACCAUACCAAGGGCUGGAAGGCAAAGUUGAGAGGAUAUGGAUCACUGAAAUAGCUACCGAUGGUGUUCAUUUGGUUGGACAUACCAAAGGGUAUAUCCAGGUCCUUGUCAUUGCUCCAGAUAGUAUGUUGGGCACAUCGGCAAAUGUUAAGAUCACAUCCGUGGGAAGAUGGUCUGUAUUUGGUGAAGUGAUAGAAGGAUCUAUUGCAGCAAAAGAAGUACUUAAACAAAAUCCUGCUGAAGCACAGGAAGAAUAUAGGGAAAAUCACGCGGAGGAAGCCACCUGUUCUACAAAUUCUUGUGGUUCCUGUGCAUGCUCGGGUGCAGAAAAUGUGGCACAACAAUGUGGUCCACACCGAUCUGAAGAUCCAUCUGAUGCACCCACAGAUUGUGGUGAUGCUACUUGUGAGGAAGCAGCUCAAUAUACGCUUGUGAGAAGAAAUGUAGAGAGAACAAUGAAAACAAGAGAAAGUGAUACAGGAAAACCAGUAGUGAAGGAUCAGCAAGUAAAUUUAGCUAAUAGGAGAGUCAUAAAUAUUGAUAGGAUUCUUUGGGUUGGUUUGGCUGUCAGCUUUGCCACAACAUUAGCCCUAUUUGUUCUGCUUAGUUACAAGAUCUUUUGGUCCUCUUAUUAAGCUAGGGCUUGUACCUGUAAUUGAGUAUGCGUUAUUACUGCUUGAUUUUGUUGAUUUUUGUUCUGAAACAUAUACUGUUGUCAAUUUCUGUUACAGUACUAAAAUAAAAAAAAUCAUGCAGUUGUUUUGCCACUGUA